AUGCCCUCAUCCGACUUCGCACCCAAUUCCCUUGUCCGACGACACUGCGUGGAGCCUAAAAACUGCGGAGCCACUAUUCAAGGAACGAUGUGCAACUUUUGUUGCGCAAAGGAUGUGAAACCCGAUAGCACGCACUGCAAAUCUGCGAAUGCGGCGUGCCAGGCUGGUGGAAAACCUGAUGGUGUCACGUUCAACUGUGAUGCCGAUUAG